AUUUCGAACACAAAUAAACAUGUUUGCUGAGGGAACGUGUGGACGUGUUUUACAGUAGCAAACCAGAUUACAUUGAUUUCCAUGGGAGGCGCUCCUUUUCAGUGUUCGGUGUUGAAUUUGUCAGUCCUUUAUGGCACAAUGGCCGUGUAUUAAAAAUAUAGUGAGCUCUUUACCUUGGACAGUAGUUUUGGGCAUCUCAGAUACGUUCUGACAGACACAACCGAGUGAUCUAGGUAGGCAGCUUACUAGGCUUUGAAACACCGCCUUGUCUAUGCGGGGACGACUGUCUGGGCUAACAGGAUCCGAGUUGGAUUAUUUAUCUAUCGCAACCUAGCAGCACUCUCUGGUCCAAAUCCUGGCUUUGGUCACUAUUGCCAGGCAUGCGGAUCAGGCUGCAGGGCUCUGGCCACGCGGCCCGUCUCCUCUCCGAGCUCAACCGCUACCGCCUGUCUCGCCUCCUGUGUGACGUCAUCCUCCAGGUCGGGGGCCGUUCCUUCCCGGCUCAUCGUGUGGUACUGGCGUGCUCUUGCACGCACUUUAACAGCCUCUUCUCCAGAGGUUCCCUCAACCAAGAUGGCGUUCUCACCACCUUCUCUCUGGACUUUGUCUCUGCCGCCAAUCUCGAGAAGGUGUUGACUUUUAUCUACACGGGUGAGAUUUUCACGGAUUUGAUCAAUGUUGGUGUGCUGUAUGAGUUGGCGGAAAGGCUUGGCGUGAGGGAGUUGGUGAACGCUUGCCAUGCCACCUUUCCUGACCUGCAGAGCUCCAGCUCUAGAGACCCGGUGGCCGAUGGGGAUACGGAAAGUGAUAUGGUGUCCGCCAACGCCGUGGCUGUGUCCGUUUGCUCAUCCUCCGCAACAUCCUGCUCCUCGCUCUCUUCUUCAGCCGCUCCCACACCUGUAACUCCAUCUCCGGUUUCUCAAGGCAAGAACGGCAGGUUGAAUCGCUCCCACUUGGCCACCCAGUCACCUAAAAACGACUUGCAGGUGCAUUUGGGUUUCAACCAGCAAGUGACCAACAAGCUGAGUCCUUCGGACAGCAACCAUUCUGCAGAUGUUCUUCCUUGUCUUGCUUUGCAGCUCAAGACUGAGCAGGAGGAUGAAGAAGAAAAUGGAGGAAGCAACUCAGUGGACCAGCUUGUUGUUAAUGGUAGCAAGUCAGCGUUUGGGUCUCAGGAACCAUGUUCCAUUCCUGAUUCUUCAGCCCAGCUUGGCGGUGAAACCUGCGCCCCUUCAUCGUCCUCCGGUGACCCCUUGGACAGUUUGCAGCUUGGGGCUGUUACAGGAGCAAUCAAAGAUUCUGAUUUUUUUGAAGAAGAUGAUGCCAGAAAGAGGCACCGCCUAGAGGAAGAGCAUACGGAAAGUGGUGAUCAGUGGCGAGCACUUUCAGAGGACAUUAUUGAACUGAGCGACGAGGAGGAGCACUUCAUAGUGGAGGAAGAGGACGACGAGGACUUGAUGUGCAUUGAGAACGGUGAAAACGGGGUAUCUCUUGGCCAGCUGGCGUCCUCGCAGCCAUGCAAAUCGUGCGGGAUGCUGCUUCCGGUGGAAAACGACAUCAUACGAACUCACGCUGAGACGCACCUCUCGGAAUCGGGUUCGUGUCUAGUUUGUGGCGCCUCCUUCUCGGAUCGUUCUGCUGGUGUCGCUCACGCCCUCACACACGUGGGCAUCUUGCUCUUCUCCUGCGACGUUUGUGAGCACCAAUUCCGGACCGAGUCCGCAUUGAUUCUCCAUAGACGUCAGUCAGCAGCCAAAUGUGUCCCUCAGAAUCCCGACCAACUGAACGGGGCCUCCCAAGGGCAAGGAGGGGAACUGCAGUGCACCAUUUGUGCUAAAACCAUGGCAAAUGAUUUCAAAGCGGUGAGGGACCACGUUCAGAGCCACGCAUGCUUGAGGACGUUACGCUGUGGAGUAUGCCAGCUGUCUCAGGCCUCUCGAUGCGCCCUCCUGUGGCACACACUAACACACCUUUUUCCAAUUUACACUUGUCCACAAUGCGCUAACCCCUUCCUGGAGAGUGCACUGCUUGAGAGACACCUGUCUGUACACGCAGAGGAAGGAGCGUCAGUGAAACGGGGCGACGGCAGUCCCGCAACCAGCGGAGAAGGCCAGGCCGAGCUGCGCUGCUUCCUGUGUCCCCAGACCUUCCCCUCCGAAACCGCGUUUCAUUACCAUCUCAGCGUGCAUUCCAACGAGCUCCAGGGCAGCCAGGUUUGGCCGGCCAAGCGCAAGGCAGACCAGCUCAUCGAAUACUCCUCCUCCUCCUCCUCGCCUUUGGAGGCGAGCGGCUCGGGUAAAGCAGGUUUCAACGUGAGCAUGGGCUUCAACCUGCAGGACAAAAUGGCUCACGAAGGCGCCCCGUUUCCAGCCGGAAUCGUACUGAACGGCAAAUCCGGUGCUGGCACGGGGCUUAGGGAAAAAGUGUAUCGCUGCCGGUACUGCGGCAAGCAUUUUGCACAUUCGGGCGAGUUCACCUACCACCUCCGCAUCCACACGGGUGAGAAGCCCUACCAGUGCAAAGUGUGCCUGCGCUUUUUCCGUGGCCGAUCCACCAUGAUCUGCCACCUAAAGACGCACUCGGGCGCCCUCAUGUACCGCUGCACCGUCUGCGGAUUGUUUUUCUCCACGCUUAAAAUGGUUUCCACGCACAUGGAGGUCCAUGAAGACCAGCUGCCGCCCGAUUUUAACAUCGAGGAGACCUUCAUGUAUAACGACCACUCUAAAGAGCCCGUCCCAAACCUGGACACCUGAACAACGUUGCCCUCCGAACUCUCCGUCACACUGUGUGCCCACGUUUACUUACUCAGUAGGUUGUCGAGGACAAGUGACCGUAGACCUAGAAAGUAAUGAAGUGUUUAAAGGGAUAGUUCACUUUGAAAUACAU